AUCACAAAUUAAAUUGAACUCAACGAUCGACAAGCAAAAUAUAUAUCAGAAAUUAAGCAAAUUAAGCGGAGCAAUGGCACGAGGGAUGAUGAUGAGCGUGGCAGUGUUGGUGGUGGCGCUGGCGGUGCAAGGCGCGGCAGCGGAGGGAGUGGAGGCGGCCGACAAGAUGGGGAAGUGCCUUGUGACGAGAAAGUGGUGUUCUGCGCGGCCAAGUGUAGAAUUGGUGGCGGCAAGGCUGCAUGCUAUGAGGACUGUGGGAAUGGCGACGUCAAAUGUGUUGAUUCAUGCAUGGCCUCUAAGACUAACAACUUCCAUAUCAAUGCUUGAUCAUCAUAGGGCUAUAUAUCAUUCAUAAAUAAACAUGUAAUUAACUAAUUAAAUCGUAUCUCGAUUUAAUUGUAUACGCAUGAAUAAAUAUAUAGUUGGGGUAACUCUAUGAUAUAUGUCUGCUUGAUCAUCAUAGGGCUAUACAUCAUUCAUAUGAAUGCUUGAUCAUCAUAGGUAGUUUUGAUUUUGGUUUGGAUGAGUAAUAGUGUAAGGGCAGAGCAGAAUUUGAGAUGGGAGGUGGGAUACAUGCGGUGGUCUCCAGACGGGGUGGAAGAUGUGAUUAUGACCAUCAACGGCCACUACCCGGGCCCCACCAUUCGGGCUGUGGCCGGCGAGACCAUUCAGGUUCACCUCACCAACGGCCUUCCCACAGAGGGAGUCGUCAUCCACUGGCAUGGAAUCAGACAGAUUGGGACACCAUGGUCGGAUGGAACAGCCUCCAUCUCGCAGUGCGCCAUAAAUCCAGGAGAGUCAUUUGUCUACAAGUUUACUGUCGACAGGGCGGGUACAUACUUUUACCAUGGGGCAUUUCGGGAUGCAACGGUCAGCGGGGCUCUACGGGAUGUUGAUCGUGAACGCGCCCCAAGGAGAGGAGACGCUCCAGUACGAUGCCGAGUUGCUAGGAGGGAUGGGACGAGGGAUGAUGAGUAUGGCGGUGUUGGUGGUGGCGGUCGCGGUGGUGGUGCUGCGAGGCCCCGUGGAGGGACGGUGUGCCUGAUGGGUUGCGGCGAGAAAUUGGUGAUAUGCGCCGCCGAGUGUGAGUUCAAGGGCGGCAAAACUGAAUGCUAUGAGGAUUGUGGGAGUGGCGACGCCAAAUGUGUUGAGUCUUGCAUUGCAUCUGAGAACACCCGCUUCAAUAUUAUUGCUUCGCCUCCUUGA